AUGUUCUCUCUUCUCUCAAUCCUCCUCGCUUUCUCCAGCGCCCGAACAAUCAAAAACGCCCAAACCGUCCAGCUCUACUCCAAGUCUGGCAAAUUCUUGAACCUCAACCGCCGCGGUCAUGUGACCCCAACGUCCAACAACAAAGAACUCUCCUCAAUCUUCGAAUUGAAAUACAACUCGAAUGGAGUCGUCAUCCGACAGCCCCUCACUGGUUAUUACGUAACCAUGUCUCGAUCUGGAAAGCUCCGAGCAACAAACCAUCAAGAAAAUGCCGUCGCUUUUCACCAAGAAUCCCUCGGCGACAAGUUCUUCACCUUCAAUCUCGCCGAUAACUCCGACUGCAAACUCACCGCCAGCAACAGAAGCUUCCGAGUCCGAUGCUCCAAGAAACUUCCACGAAACAAGCUCGCUUUCUUGAGCAAAACUGCCCGCCUCCCAACAAAGCUUAUGGAAACCGGCGUUCAUUUUUAA